AUGUCGCCGCAUUGGCACUCUAACAUGAACUCGUACUACCCUGACUCCAACGUUUCUAUAUCCAACAAUCUUGUUCCUCCGUCUUGCCCUGCAAUCAAGACCGAGGUUUCCCAAAUUUGUCUUCCUGAUGCCUCAUCCCAACGCGUCGCGUCAUUGGUGGCUUCUGCCAAUCCGCCGCCGCUGUCAUCUGACUCAAGCAGGUCUAUCCAGCGUGAUCCUUGUCCUCGAGGAGGCAGUAGCAGCGCCAAUUCUUCGUCGUCCAGAGCUAGCAUUGUACAUCCCUAUGCUCGCCUCUACGCCAAGAAAGAGGAAGGUAAACGUCGCAAGAUAUGGAAUCAUGCCCUCGAAAAAUCCCUUUUUAAUCCGUUCGAGUUAUCGAGCUUAGGUGCACCCCAUAGAAGGACUAUCUAUAUGGCAUCCCUUGAAGCCCACGUAGACGAACUGCAUGCCCAGUUGUUAAGCCUCGGGUAUUGGCCUGUAUCUUUCGAAUCAUUGGAGCCAUUCAAAGGCCUAAAUUCAAAGACAGCAAAGAGCAUGGUCGCGGGGUUGCAGUACGAUUCUUCACAGACGAAAUUGAGACUUUUGGAGUUGCAGAGAGCCAAUGAAGGGCUCGAGCGAUCGUUGAUGAAUCGAACAUUUUCAGAGACAUCAAAAAACCAUGAGCUACCGUCAUUGAAUUUUGAUUAUUCUGAAUAUGCCGAUUAG